AUGGCGGAGUGUGAGAAGAUGCCGAAGAGGGAGAAGGAGAUGAUGGAGAUGGCGGGGCGUGAGAGGAUGCAGAAGAGGGAGAAGGUGAUGAUGGGGAUGGCGGAGAAAAACUCAAAAGAAGUCAGAAAAUUUACAAUUAUAAGCAAUGUAAAAAAAUCAUUUAAAAGGUACUCAGAUCUUAUAAAACAUCAUAGAAUACAUACUUGGGAGAAAGCUUACACAUGUGAAAAAUGUGGAAAAGCUUUUAAUCAGUCAUCAAAACUCAUUCAACGUCAGAGAAUUCAUACUGGGGAGAAACCUUACACAUGUGAAGAAUGUGGAAAAGCCAUUACUCAGUCCUCAAGCCUCAUAAAACAUCAUAGAAUUCAUACUGGGGAGAAACCUUACAUAUGUGAAGAAUGUGGAAAAGCCUUUACUCAUGCCUCAAGCCUCAUGAAACAUCAUAGAAUUCAUACUGGGGAGAAACCAUACACAUGUAAAGAAUGUGGAAAAGCCUUUACACAUGCUUCAAGCCUCAUGAUACAUCAUAAAAUUCAUAUAGGGGAGAAACCUUACACAUGUGAAGAAUGUGGAAAAACCUUUACUCAGUCCUCAAGCCUCAUUCAACAUCAGAAAACUCAUACUGGGGAGAAACCUUACACAUAUGAAGAAUGUGGAAAAGCCUUUUCUCAUUCCUUAAACAUCAUUCGACAUCAAAGACUUCAUAAUGGGGAGAAACCUUACACAUGUGAAGAGAAACCUCACACAUGGAAGGAUGUGGAACAGCCUUUACUUAUGCAUCAAGCCUCUGGAAACAUCAUAUAA